AUAAUUGACUGAAGAUUGUUGCAAAUAUGGGGACUAAGAAUCAAAGUGUUGGAACUUCUCUUGCAAGGGCUACUGCUCCAAAUCCUUCAGGCAGGUUAUAUAGUCAUUGGUUUAAUUUGUACAAGAGACAUUGUGGUACCAAUUAUUUCCUUUGAGGACAUAUGUUUUUCAUUGUGCCAUGUCUUCGAGGACCUAUCAUGUCAAGAUAAGGGUUUGCCGGCUUAUAUUUGUUAUAGAGAGUGUCUAGUAUUUUGCACAGCCAUCUAUUAUGUUCACUUCUUGUAUUUAUAGGCAAAUGGGCUAACAACCCUCAGGUUGGUUACCUCAUUUAUCGUCCUUUUUUGAGAUCUUUGCUUGUCGUUGGGAUGUCCCCAUGCGGCUACUUGUCACUUCAGUCCUUUUUAACUGGUUGAUGGAACAUAAAGUAACCAUUUUGGAUGCACAUGCCAUGCCAUUUGGUAGCUGCCCAUGCAUUCCAUUCUCGACUUCUCCGUUCGGGAGGGCUUCGUCCUCGGCAUAAUGUCACCUCAUUGGAAGGUUGCAAGUUCCUUGUUCUUGGGCUUGAUACUAGAACCAUGAUUCGCCAAGAUCCCUUUCUCGGCUCCUCAUUCCGGGACUGAUGACUGGUCCUUGUGAUUAACAUUCUCGGACUUCUGGGUGGACGACUAUCAUCCUACGAAUUGUUCUCGGUGGGAUGCCCUCUGACCAGUUAGAUGAAACCAAGCAAUCCUGUGUUUAUGCUUUUCUUGUGAAUUCAAGAGCCCGUAAACUUGGACGAGAUCUAGCUGAGCACAAAUGUUAGAAUGAUAUCUAGCCUAUUCAUAAAACUAGACCGAUAUGUUGUUUCUCCUUCGCUGUGAUGCUGGAUCACCAAGGUGCCAUCCUAAAGUGACACGGUAAAAGAGUGAACUCAUCAACUUUUGCCCAUUACUUUUGAAUUGAGAUAAUCUUAUUGGGACAACAAAGAGUGGCCGAAAGGACCAACAAAUGGGGACAGAGGGAGUAAAUUAAUUUGAGUAAUGAUUGUGUCCCCUAAAACUUUUAGAAUCCCUAAAAUGUCAUCCAUUUUGGGACGGAUGGAGUAACAUAUAAGAGUCGCUAAGUAAACGUUUGGCAGUUCAGGAUGCUUUCCAGAGUAGGAGCUAGUUUCUCAUUUUUCCGGGAGUUCUUUAUCAACAAACCUGUGGCGUCUCGGAGAAUUUAUCCAACUUCAAUGUGAUAAGAUCAUAAGAAGAGUUGAAAAGCAGCUGCUGGAAAAAGUUUCUGUAAAAGGAAAUUCCAGUCAUCUUCAGCAUGGCUGUUGUGCACUUCUGAACUCGGUCUGCGUCAGGCCUCCGAAGGCGGAUGAUCUAUUGACAAAGCUAUAUGGAAGAAACAAAAUCUCAUGAUAUAUUCCUCGUUAAGCAGGAAUUCAAAAAGUUGUCUAGUCCCUGAGGUUGUUCGCGGCCUCCGUGUGUUGCUGGUAGAUGGGGAUAGUUCUGCACUCGUGUACAUAGCAUCAGUGCUUGAGGAACAAUUGUACAACGUUAAAACCACAAAAUUUCCGUCGGUUGCAUUGUCCAUGAUUCAAGAAGGGGAGAAUGAAUUUGACCUAGUUAUGGCCGACAUCGGCAUGAAGGGAAUGGACAUCUUUACGUUUCUCAAACGCGUACUUGUUAGAAGUGAUAUGCCAAUCAUCUUUAUGUCCUCGGACGAAGACUUUGAUUUGGUCACAAAAGCCCUAUGUGAAGGGGCAUGCUUCUUUCUUCACAAACCUAUUCGUAGGUGGGACAUAAUUAAUGUAUGGCAACAUGUCUACCGGAAACGAACUUUUUCCCAGAAAAUAGGAAGCCGAAAAGGAGAUCUUGGGAAAGAGGUCCCUGAAAAUGAUCCUCGUGGCAAUAAGAUCACUGUGGUGGAUAGUUCGUUUAAGAAUAUCGAAAGAAAUGACUUUCUUGGCACGGGCAAUAAAACUACAUCGAUUGACAGAAGGGGAAAGAGUAGGAUUGAAGUUGAGGGGGGAUUACGUAAAGUUUGCGUGAAUCAAGAUCAAGAAUCGCCACGUGAAGCACGAAUCUCAAGCGUGGAAAGGGGAAACCAAGGGAUGCCCAGUAGAAAAAGAGGGAUUGGCACUAGUUAUGGUGGAAGAAGUGAAGAGAGAAGUGAUUUCAAGGGCUUGGAAUCAGUUGAGGAUGGUAGUGAAGGGAAAGACUCAGAUGAUGAUAGCAGCAGCCUCAAGAAACGGUCACGUAUGAAAUGGACUCCUUCCCUUCAUCUCAAGUUCUUGGACGCUGUUAGUUCAAUGGGGGAUGGAAAAGUGCACCCCAGAACUCUACUGAGGAGGAUGAGUCAGCCCGAGUUGUCACUUUGCCACGUUGCUAGCCAUCUUCAGAAAUAUAGAGAACUAGUGAACAAGAUUAACUCUUCAACUGUUAUCCAUGUAUUCCAACAGGACAUGCCUGCAUCACCAUACAAUUUCUACGGUGCAAACGGGUUUACCACGGGAAUAUUGGACCAACAUGAUCCUACGAUGCAAACACAAGGAGUAUUUAACUAUCCCCACUCUCUAAUUGGAGCUGCCACGCUACAUUUCGGUGCUAGUUCAAUGGGUCAAAACAAUUGUUCGUCAUUAGGAGGUCACAUGCAAGAUCCCCCUCCCCCAGGCUACAGUGUCCCAUUGUACCAAAAACGAGGUAAACCUCCAAAUAGCGACACACCAGCUCAUUACACCAUCAAAUCACUUCAAAAAGCAUUGAAAUCUGCCAGUCUGUCUGCAAAAAGGGAUUCAUUGUUGAGUGUGAAUAACAUGUUUAGUGCACCAGUUCACGCUGCAAACACUGGGGAGCUGCCAAUUCACGUAUCAAAUGGAUUAAACUUGACUGGUCCAAAUGGUACCGAUCUGAUCGGUAAUGCUAACGAAAUAUAUAGUCAUGAAAAUCAGCAGCUGCUUGGACUUGAUUGGAGCACCCAGAAUUUUACUCAUUGGAGCCCUGUUCAGGGUUGUUUGAGCAACAGGACCGGUAUAUACCAGUCUGUUGAUGUGCUUCCUGAUGUGCCCCAACAAGUAGUAGACCCUUUUGAUCAAGAUUUGAAUCCUCCUACUCCUUCACAGUACUUGCAGAGUCUUGAUCAGUUAGCAGCCCAAGAGACAGGCUACUUUGAGGGGCAAAGUAGUAAUUCUAGCUGUGGUCGAAGUUCGAGCAGCUUUGCAUCCAACCAAGAGCUGAUCCCUCCAAACCCUGGAAGUUUCUGUGAUUUGCUGAAACUACUUGAAGGAGGUCAAGAAGAGUCGAACCGUGAGCCGGAAAUUGCGGAGGAUGAUUUUGACAGGUACCUUGAAUGGUUCUGCUCUCCUGAUUGUGGAAAUGACAUCUUAUAUAGGUGUCCUUAAUUAAGUAAUUAAUCCUAGUAAAGUAUGAAAAGAACUGUUGCUGUAAUCUAAGGAAGUAUUUGCAUCUGGACUUCUGGAGUACUAACUACAAUGUUAAUCAUGUUUGGUACAUUUAUUCUGACAAGGACUUCACUUCUUAUGUUUAUCUAUUUAAUGACAUACUACUUCUCUUCCCAUAAAA